UGGGGGGCUGGUUUCUCGCCUUCAGCUGCCUCUCAGUAAAGCCACAUGACCAGGAGGAAUUUUUAGUGACUCUUUCCCUGCUGCUGUGCUCAGAGGCGGAAGUGAAGGGCAUCUGAAAGCGUGAGAAGGGGUGUCUGGACAAGGUGCUGAGGAUGGCAGACAGUUCUGAUCUCUGGAUUGGCAGCGCUUAUCUAUUCCUCCAGUCGACAUCUGAGAAGAUUGUCCUGCCCUCUCUUUAUGGAAGCUCCCACCAGAAAUCUAGCGUAUUCAAGGCCCUCAAGUUGGCUUUAGCAGAUUCCACAGGCAGUCUGCAUGGCGUCGACAUGCUCAAAGUGCACUGCAGUGAGCCGCAUCUGAUUAUCCAGCUUAAAUUCUGCGUACGAGAGAACUGCCGCAAAUUCCUUCAGAGCUACCGGGCCGGGCUGUUCCGGGAGUCUCUCCAGAAGCACCUCCAAGUCACUCUGUCAAUGACAGCCGUACCUGUUCAAGUGGAGCUGAAGGCUGGCAGCGAGCAGCUGGACCACAUGCUGAACGAGGAGGAGCGCUGUUUGGACUGUAUCUACAAAGAAAAGCCCGACCGCCUGAGGGACGAGGAAAUUGCCGAGCUGGAGGAAUCUUUCAGGAGCCUGACUUGUCGACAGGAGAGCAACAACACGGCCCCUUCAAACAACUGCACCUCUUUGAACUCCUCAUCUCUGCCUUAUUGUUCAGGGGGGAGCUCUCUGCCCUCAGGAGCCACCUUCAUCUUUCAGGAACAACAAUUUGCCAACAGAACACUCACGCCAGAUGACCAUCAAAAAUUUGCCAAGCUCGUGUCGAAGAAAUGGAAGCAGGUGGGUAGGUCUUUGCAGAAGAAUUGCCGUGCCCUUCGGGAUCCUGUCAUUGACAACUUGGCCCACGAAUAUGACCGAGAGGGAUUGUAUGAGCAAGCGUACCAGCUCCUUCUCAAGUUUAUCCAGUCGGAGGGCAAGAGAGCCACAUUACAGAGGCUGAUUGCAGCCCUGGAGGAAAACAGUCUCAUAACCUUAGCAGAGGAACUCCUGGGCCUCCACCCUAGUGAAAACGACACGUCAUAGACCAGGGAUGGAGAUGCCAGUGGAACUUGGAUCUUGCCUGUUUCAGACAGUUUCCAAGACUCUUGCCGGCCUCCCAGGAAUGCCAAGCUCAGUUAACCACUAUGGUAUCCUACUAGCGGAGAAUGCCCAAGGAAAAGCCGCUGUGCAUUUACAAAGCCAGCCUGGGUACUGAAUUACUACAGCGCUGACCCACUUCACUGCCAGGAGACAGUGCUGUUUACAGGCUGGGGAGAAUAGCUUCCAACUGGCUCCCAGUCACUACCCCCUCGGGCAACAUGUUGCAAUGCACCUAACAAUGCCACAGCCCAUGCCUACGGACUGUGUCAACAUGGGGAAUGUUAAAGAGCAACUGCGGUCUCAGGAAAGUCCUUUGGGAAACAUUCUCCAGGUGCUUAGAAAUAAUUCUGCUCAUUGAAUAUAGUACACACUUGGAGGGGUAUUCCCCCCACACACCUUUAUUCUUCACAAAUAAGGACAUUUUAUGAAAACAGUAACUCCCCCGCUAAAAAGCUCGUCUACUCUUUCCUUUCUCUUCCCACCUGAAGGCAUCUUCGUUACUCGAAGAAAGUUUCAAUUCUCCAUGCAGCAAACAGCUGCAAUGGAACAAACUGCAGGUGGUAAAUGAGCAGGAAGAGCAGAUGAACUCUUCUUAAAGGUGUACUGCAACGUCAAAACCAACUCAAGCCCCUACCCACGUGCUGAGUGAUGCCGCUAAGCAGGUUGCAAGGUCCAUUCAUCACACCACUGGCUCUCUUUAAAAACUGGCCUUGGCUUGGCUAGAGAGGCCCCAGAAUGCAGCACUCUGGGACAUCAUAUACCAGGAGAGUAAGGAUUUGCACGGCAUCUUUCUUGGGCAUGCUGAGAUUCUGAGACAGCCAGGAACCAGUGGUGCCCACCUCACAUACUCCGGAUUUCAAGUGUAAAGUUUGGGAAAGUACAACAAAGGAAGUAGGGUCAACUUCUGCUCUCAGUUAGAUCAUGACAACCCUCACUGGCUUCAGUAGGUGUGCCCAGGCUGUAACAAGAGCCGAGUUUGUGCCUUAGCCUAUAAGGAAAUACACAGCCACAUAUAAGUGAGCCUAAGUAGACACGUAUCAUGUAAACAUCAUCAUCCAGCUUGCUUUCCUGCGGCAGGUUUCUUGUGGCAUCCUGGCCAGUUUUCACUUAUCUGUAGGCCUUUUCUUGACUCCAUCUAGCCUUCCCCCUCUGGAAAUGGUCCCGGAAUAGCAGACAGUCCCUUGGGGGACAUUUCAGAUUUUGCGGGGAGGGUGGAUCUGCCAGUGCGUGUACUCAUGUCAAGUUACUUGCUCUCCCUCUCAAGGGCAGUGCUUCUCCAACGGGCAAGAGCGGACGUCCUUUUAAACCAUUUCAUGUUUCAUCCUAUUCCUAUAAAGCACUUCUGUAGCCUUUGGCUGAGACAAAGAAAUUCCCUGAUCAGGAAGCCUCAGCCCUGGGAUCCAGAUGUAGGUUCAAAUCCAGAUGUAGAGUUCACAGGAAUACCGCUCCCGCCUGCUAGAAUGAUACUAUGUUUGUCACGGUGGCAUCCGAGUGCCUACAACAGGGGUGGCCAACCUGAGCAGGAGCCGAAUUUACCAAUGUACAUUGCCAAAGAGCCCCAGUAAUAUAUCAGCAGCCCCCCAUCAGCUCUCCCACCCCACUCCCAGCGCCUCCCACCCACCAGCAGCCCCACCGAUCAGCACCUCCCCAUCCCUCUCUGCAUCUCCCCAUCAGCUGUUUCGUGGCAUGCAGGAGGCUCAGGGGGGAGGAGCGAGGGCACGGCAGGCUCAGGGGAGGGGGCGGGAAGAGGUGGAGUGGGGGCAGGGCCUGGGGCAGAGCCAGGGAUUGAGCAGUGAGCCCCCCCUCCCCCGGCACAUUGGAAAGUUGGCGCCUGUAGCUCCAGCCCCGGAGUCGGUGCCUAUACAAGGAGCCGUAUAUUAAUUUCUGAAGAGCCGCAUGUGGCUCCGGAGAGACAGGUUGGCCACCCCUGGCCUAGAACAAGCUGAGCCUGACCACUCAAUUGGAACCUGAGACAGUUUGCCUUUGGAUCCGAUUCCAAAUUCCCCAGGUCAUGAGUGUUCACGCGCAGGGUUUGCUAAUCCCAAGAGGAUAUGUGAAGUAUAAAAUCUGGAUAUGGGAUUUUAGGGUACGAUGCUGCUCCCAUUCUUUUGCGAUUGGCUUCAAAGGGAGCAGGACUGGAACCUCAUUGUGGGCCCAUCUCCACUAAGCCAGUCAGCAGUCCUGCUGGUCCCUGGCAGGAGAACUGAUGUUACAACAAGCCAUUUGACGAAGGGCAUUUUAACGAGCACAAACUGGAAAAUCAUUUUUUUUUAUAUCUAUUUUGCAAUUGCAUUUUACACUAAUGGUUCUUAGAAGACAAGACAAUAUACAUGCUGUCCUGUCACUUUUUAAUCUAACAUUCCUAAGCUAUUAGUCGGUAGUCUUACUUAACUGCAUACACAGUCUUCUACUCAGAUCAGCGCUAGCCCCUCUGGAGAGAAAAACCUUGCCAAGACUCUGCAGUCAAAAAAUCUACCAUUCUAUUCCUCAGAGUCCACCUUAAGUCUGAUUUUUUUCAUUGCUGUUGCCAUUUUACAUCCAUGGAUGGAGCAUGCAUUAAUUUAUCAUCCCUGUGCUUUUUAUUCCUCUGUCAGUGCUAGUCAUGUGUGUUCCCUCUUACUCACAGAUUUCCUCUCAAAAGUGCAUUAGUGUUAGAAUUCUUGGCAGCGCAUGUAGGAUAACAUCAUUUUUAAUAGCAUUCACAGGUGUCCUCUUUCAGAGAGGUGAAGUAAGAGGGUUUUCCAGUGGCAUGACAUAAUGGUGCUGUCAGGAGUAUGCACAGUGGGUUAGGAUCCCUGGGAAUGGCUGUAUGUCCUAGCAUCUUUUCAUCAAUCAUUCCUUCUAGAAUCAGCUGACAUGCCCUAGACUUGGUGAAUUCUGGCCUCAAACCAACACCUGCUUAACCUCCUAUCCCACAGCUGUUCUGACUAUAUGACUUUUAGUACCAUCUGGCACUUUGAGCCAAAUUCAGACCUAGUGUCAGCAGAUGCAACUCUCAUGGAAGUCUCUAGGACAAAUUCAGCAUGUGAUGUAAUGGUACAGAGUAAGCUGCAUUAAUUUGGCAUUCAGUAGCAGUCCAGUUCUGAUCUCACCUCUGUUUUAUACCAGUGUGACUUCACUGAAGUCUGUGGAAUUACUCCUGAUUUACAGGGAUGUGCAAAAAGAGUGCAACUUACACAAUGAAGGGGAAGAAGAAGUGGCGGCGGAAGGAAAAGAAAUUAACAGAAAUAUGUAGAAUACAAGAGUGGGGCUGCUUUACCUCAUUCUACAGUAUGAUGAGUGGAACUGGAGAAUGAGGGUCCAGUUUCAGGAGGGACCUAGUUUGGUGAGGCUCCAGGGACUCAGCAAUAUAAGCUGGGGCCAGGCUGCUACUACACACACACACACACACACACACUAGAUCCUCAACAUGCAAGGCUGGCCUGUCAACAAGGGUAGUAAAAUUCUAUUUCCUGUAACUCUGCCUGUCUGCCAUGUCACCUUAUUGCUAAUGAGACACACAUCUUCCUGCAAGAUGUUUUUCCUGGUGAACUUCCUUCUUCUCCUUUGGGGUGUUAGGUACACACAUUUUUUUUUGCACACACUUAAAUACCAAUUAGGCACAAGUGGGAGGCACAAGUGGGAUGCUUCUUUACCACUUACACCAGUCAUCUAACGACCACUUGUGCGAUGUACUACACCAUAGUUGGCAUCACUACUGAAUUUUUCCCUGCACCUUGACACUGGUCCUAUAUGUUAAAGGGGAAUCUGUGAAGAUGUACCUGUGAUUUCCUUCAAGGUAAAACAUGCUAUUAUUUUGAAUGCCACAGAAUGUUAAACACAAAUAAAGGCACUAAUCAGCUACACAAAAACAAAAUAAAUGGACAAAAUAUUAAGCAAACAACAGAGAUGAGGCCAAAAUAAAUUUCCAGGGAAAACUCCAAUAGGGCUUUUUUUGUGAUACAGAUUGUUUUUGUAGUGUUUGCAAUGUCUCAAAUUUGAAACAGGCUCUUUUCAGUCUGGCAGAGGGAAGACGAGAUUGAUCCAAACGGGGCUUUAAAUGACUUGUUUUGGCAUAACUGAGCUAAAGCGUUUACAUGGCUGUUAAAGAGGAGGAUGAAGUUUUAAAUGGCCACCAUGUCCACUCUGGCAUAAAAGCGUAACUUUUAUAUGCAGUGUAGUUGUAGCCGUGUGGGUCCCAUGAUAUUAGACAGACAAGGAGGGUGAGGUAAUAUCUUUUAUUGAUAUUACCUCACCCCCUUGUCUAACUAGAUUUAUGACUUAAGUAAAUCCAACUUUGUUUAAAGGUGUAAUGAAAGAGAAUAUCAAUUGGGGAGACAAGGUGGAUGAGGUAAAUAUCUUUUAUUGGACCUGCUGCUGGUGAAAGAGACACGCUUUCAAGCUUACAGGGAUCAGAGCUUAAUGUAAGCUCAAAAGAUUGUCUCUCUAAUAUCCUGGGAUCUACACAGCUACAACACCACUGCAAAUAUCAAAUUGGUCAUCAGAGGUGUGAUUUUCAGAAAUCAGUGAGAGUUUGGCAUUCAGCACUGCUGAAAAAUCACACCCAAGAUUAAUUCUUCCACUUGAAGGAGAACAGACACUACGGUGGGUGCUUUAGAAACCAUGGUAGAUGACAGAAAGAUACUCCAUUCCGGCCUCAGUCCGAGCCCAUGCCACGUACUCAUGAUGGACCGAUUUAUAAUCCAAGAGCUGCGAACAAUUCCAAGAAUAAUGAAAAGUUUUCAGUGUUGCCAAUCCCAAGUAUUCAGAAAUCAUGAGUCAGGACCCAGAAAUCAUGAGAUUUUAAAAAUAAUAAAUUUGGAGUUCUUUUUAUUUGACAUCGGGUAUGUGCAUUUUUAGGGUUUUAUAUUUUUCAACCUUAUCUCUGCAGUCAUGAGGGCUAGAAACUUAAGGUUUGGAGGUUGUGUCCCCCCCCCCCCCACUCCCCAAUGUAUGCUGAAAUUCUGGUAUACUCACAUGAUUCUGGGUCUGGGGCUUUAAGAAAAACACCAAAUAUGAGACUUGUGAUAAAAUUGAGAGAGUUGGCAACACUGGGUUUUAUAGCCAGGGAGUCACAGAACCAUGUAGAAACAAUACAGAAGUCAGAGGAAAACAUGGCUGAGAACAAGACACAUCUUGCACUGUUACUGAGAGGUAGGUUUACAGUUGAGGGCUUAUUCAAACAAUCAGAAUCAGGAUGCUCAGAUUUUGAACUACCCAGAGCUGAGGCCCUGUUAGAAAGAGGUGAGGGAUUCUCUCUUAGACAUUACCUGUGCCACUCACCUCAGAGCUGCCUCCUGCCUCAGCAUUUAGGUGACAGAAAUUGGAAGGGUCACCUUGAGAUUCCAUGGGCCUUCUUGCUAGGAUGCACUAGUCUCUCUCCAGCUUCAAAGGGGAGCCCAGAAUAUUUGAACCUCAAUCCCCACCCCAUCAACACCCUCACACACAUUUCACUUAAAAUUUGAGGAAAAAAAUAGAUACCAUGAACGUGACAAUGAAAAGCAUGUGAAUCCUCUCAAACCGCUUGUUUACUUGGAUUGGAAACUCUCUUAUAAAAAUGUGUCUUUGAAAGGAUUGUAAUGUUUUGUGCAUCAACCCACUAAGACAUUAGAAAGACACUGGAGAGGGAAAGAACAGGGUUUCUUCACCGUGAGCCAGGCCCCCAGAGGUUAUGACUUCAGUGGAGCUACUGCUUUAGGAUCUGGACCUGUGUCUUUUGUUUAAAAAUGGACCCACAUUUUGGGCAAGUUGAGGUCUGGAUCCAAGCUUUGUCGGUUUUCCCUGUCUCUACUAAGGGCUAAACCAUGGUUGAAGUUUCCAAGCCAACCAAGUGGAUGAGUCACGCAACACUUAGUCAAUUGAGUAAGAGCUGUGUGGCUCAAUCCCCUCGUCAGGUUUGAAAAUCUCAAACUGAAGCUCUGGAUUCCGCGGAACCAGCUCCAGAUCGAGAUGAACAGUUUGCAGCUCCAGUGCUGAGGGAUUUCAGCGCUGCAGCAUAUGCACCCAAUUUACAGCCUUUAACCUCAAUAGUAUUUGUCUUUUAUAUCGGAAAGUAUUCUGUUCUAUUUUUUCUGACUUCUUCUAUAAAGAAACAUGUAUUUUUGGUGAAUAUUGUUUGCAUAUAUCAGAUACUAUUUUUACAAUGUCUUUAGAAAAAGUAGUAAAUUAGUUUGGCUUU